AAGGGAGUCAGUAAACAUCCUUAUUUGACAGAUAAUGACAUUAAACAGUGAAAAUACAAACAGCUUUCCUCUUUCAUGUGUACCAGCUUCACCUCGGCUCUAGCCCGGUGACCUGAGACGUUUUUUUGCAUUUGGACGUCGUUUCCUACGGAUGCAAAAUGUCUUGGUUUACUGAUUUUGCUGGGAAAGCUGAAGACUUUCUGAAUAAAGUGGAUCAGGGAGCUGCCACUGCCCUGAGCAAGGAGAAAGCAGCCGCUUCCUUCCAGUCAUUCUACGAAGGCGAUGCAACCGUCAAACCUGAAUACAAUCCUGCAGGUUACAAGACCGAUGCAGCUGUGACACAUCAUGACUAUGCAUCCUCUCACAAUGCACAGAGCUUCAUCUCUGCAGCAGCAGGAAACAUCAAGAGAUCUAAUGCAACCCUGGUGGCGAGCACAGCCAGUGUGUCAGCCGGCAGUCUUCCCAGCUCUGCCAAGACCUCCUCAGGGUUUGUGAGGCCCAAAAAGAGCGAGCAGGAUGUUGACGAUGACAUGCUCUUUGACUUUCUGAACAGCUCCGACCCUCCGGUUAGUAACAGGAGGGAUUCAAGAAGAGAACUCGUAAAAGUGGCAGUUCCUCCAGUCACCGAGGCCCAAAACCCAACACCUCCCCCCUCCACUACUCCUCACACCAUCCCCUCAGCCCCGUCUACACCCCCCUCAACCCGAGGUGUAUCUCGGGCCUCAAGCCUCAGCUCGCUGUCUGCUCACAGCAUCAAAACAGAGGAGAGCUCUGCUAAAGAGCCAAGCCAAGACACGCCUGAGAGUUCAGACUCAGGCAUGGCUGUCCCUCAGGAGUCCAGCAGGCUGGAGCCUCUUCCUGUUGAGGAGCCGCAGAGCCAAGUCCUGUCUAGCCUGCGUCUGGAGAACCAACUACUGCGCAGUGAGGUGGCCUCCCUCAACCAGGAGAUGGCUUCAGUCAUCCAGAGAGCAAAAGACUUGCAAGAUGAUUUAAACCACGCCCGACUACGUGCAGACAAAUGGAACUCAGAGCAGUCACAGUCCGACCGGACGUUACGACAGCUUCGGUCUCAGGUUGAUGACCUGACAGAGGCCCUCUCUGCCAAAGACGGUCAACUUGCAGUCCUGAAAAUCAGACUUGAUGAAGCUGAUCAGCUGCUGAAGUCUCGCAGUGCUGCACUAGAGGAGGCACAGAAGGAAACAUCAAGAAUUAUGCAAAAUCACACUGAAGGGAGCAGCAUGCAGUCCCAAGCUUUUGAGACAAUGCAGGAGAGGCUGCGAGAGGCAGAGCUGAGUGUCAGGAGGGAACAGGACAGCUAUCGGCAGAUGCAGACUGAGUAUGCUGGUCGCCUGUCCAGACUGGAGGCUGAGAGACAGACCCUCGCUGAGACGGUGACUGCAGCGGAGCGGCGAGGAGCAGAGGAGAAGCUCAGGAUGGACGACAUCCAACAGCAACUGAAAAGUGCCAAAGCUGCAGCUGAAACAGCCAAGCAAGAGUUACAAGACUAUAAGCACAAAGCUUCACGAAUCCUACAAUCCAAAGAGAAGCUCAUCAGCAGUCUGAAGGAGGGAUCAGGUCUGGACACACUGGAUGGUAGUGGAGCCAUGGCUCUGGAGAUGGAGGAACUGCGUCAUGAGAAGGAGAUGCAAAGGGAAGAGAUGCAAAAACUACAGGGGCAAGUGCGCACUCUACAAACAGAAAUACAGGAUUUGGAGAAUCAAGCCCUGACGGAGACGGAGGCGUGGCGGGAGCAGCAGGUGCAGUUACAGGAGCAACAGGCUUUACAUAACAGAGCUAAGCAGGAGGUGGAGGCUGAAGUGGAGCGUUACAAACAGGAGCUGCAGUAUUUAGAGGAAGAGCAGCAUCGGGCCAAAACAACUUUGCAGAGCCGAAUCAAGGACCGAGAAGAUGAAAUCCAAAAACUCAGGAAUCAGUUGACCAACAAGAAUCUCAGCAACAGUCAAACAGAGCUGGAGAAUCGGCUCCACCAGCUGACGGAGACGCUGAUCCAGAAGCAGACAAUGUUGGAGGCUCUGGGCACGGAGAAAAGCUCCUUGGUCUUCCAGCUGGAGCGACUGGAACAGCAGCUGAAGAACGCCCAAGGAGGUCAAAGCGGAGGCCAAGCAAUCAACAUCGGAAACCUCGAAGGAGCAGGGGCACGACAAAGAAACACGCCAGUACUUUUUAAUGAUCAGGAGAGUCCGGGGGUUUAUGGACAAGUACGCAAGGCGGCCAGCACCAUUGACCGUUUCAGCAUAAGACUGGGGAUCUUCUUGAGGCGCUACCCUAUGGCCAGAGUUUUCGUUAUACUGUACAUCGCUAUACUGCAUCUGUGGGUCAUGAUUGUUCUUCUUACCUACACACCAGAAAUGCACCAUGGCCAUCCUGAUGGAAGAUAGAAGACUUUAAUUUAAUAGAUCACUGUUUUAAAGAUGUUUGCUCUAUGAAAGGAUGGUUAAAGCUGCUGGAAUAUGGGCUCUGGGACCUGACUCUCCCUGAUUUGCACAGAUAUGCUAUGAAUAAAAGACAUUUCCUCUCAUUUAUUCUUUAUUGUUUCCAACUGAAAAAUUAUAACUGACAACUGCAUUAAGUUUUAAAAUAAAUAUGGAGUGAUAUACUGUUCUGAUAGUCUCAUGAAAGGACAUUAAAUCAAUCAUAAUCUUGCAUCUGUUGUUCUUAUCUCCUGCUUUCAGACCUCUGUUCUCCUGAGAGAUUGUAUUUAACACUGUGUAAAAAAAGAAGACUCUUUUAAUAAAGAAAUUAGAAGAAACA